AUGUGGGGAAAAAUAGUGAGCAGCGUGUCCAACGCGCUGGACUUUAACCAAGCCACCCUCAGUGGGUGCAUCGACAUCAUCUGCGUGGAAUCCGAAAUUGAGACGAAAUUGAAAGGAGAAAAAAAAAUAAGCGUCACGUACAAGUCUACCCCUUUCCAUGUGAGAUUUGGAAAGACAAAAUUGUUAAGAUCAAAGGAAAAAAUAGUGAGUAUUUUAGUCAAUGGAAAGAGCACAAAUCUACAUAUGAAGUUAGGUAGCGCAGGAGAAGCUUAUUUUGUUGAGAAAACAUAUGAUGAUGUCGAAGAAGAAUUAGAAACCUCCCCUCUCUCAUCCCCUCGCCAUGAGUAUAAUGAAUUAUAUUUAAGUCAACACAUCGAUAGCUGCAGUAUUAAUGAUUCCCUGAACAAUUUCAAAAGCGAUGAUGAUUCGGAUAAAUCCUUUCUUCUGAACAUUGCCACCGAUAGGCGCAAGUCGGUAGAUAGGAACUACAAAAUGGAACAAGGGAAGGGGAGAAAACAGAGCAAUAGUCAGGCCAAGGGGGGAGAUUUCAUCUCGCGCGAUCAUCACGAUCGCCGGGAUCAUCACGAUCGUCACGAUCACAACAAGCACAAUAGUCAACACCGUGUUUCCGUCCAAAGAGAUAAUCUAAAGAAGAAAAAAAAAAACAAAAGUCCCCACGUACACCGAAACGUACUAGAUGAAGACUACACUCACCAUGCCAAUAAAGGAAAAAAAGACGAUGAUGAUCCAAAUGCCAAUUCAGAAUGGUCCUGGUCAUGGGGAAGAUUACCCCAUUUGAAAAAUCAGGAUUACGCCUCAGAUAACUGUACAGCCAUAUCGUCCAACAAUAAAAAUGAAAAAAAUGAAAAGCGAAAAAAAUUCUACAAUAAAAGCGAAUCAGUCCAUGAUCAUUCCUCAUCCAGGGAACAACUUACUUGUGUACGCAGAAGAAAUUUGAGCGAGUCGAAUGUUAGAAAGUGCCUCAACAAAGAGAGAGAAAUAAAAACCUCCCCUCGUGGUAGCAAAACGAAACAUAUAAAAAAAUAUAGGGAUAGUCACAUAGACCUUGUGAAGAAAGAGGCCCCCACAAAACUAAGUAACAACAAUGACGAUGAUGAAUACGCACAUUCUCCAAAGAAAUAUUCCAAGGGUAGGCACUCCGUUAAAACGGCAGUCAAGGAACCAAUCCCCCUCCACCAGCCCGGCGGCAACAAUACUAGCAGUGCUAACAAUGAUAAGGGGGAAAACUGGGGCAACUCUGAGCAUGUCCAGAAGAGGAGGCCAAGCGAGGGACACCCCAUCAGGGGGAUCGUCGCGGAUGCCAAGAGGAACAGCGAAAGGGAAAGCCAAAGGGGAAGCCAAAAGGAAAGCCAAAGAGGAAGCCAACGAGGAAGCCAACGAGGAAGCCAACGAGGAAGUCAACGAGGGAGUGACGCGAAUAAGGAUUCCACAAAAAUGGUGAUAAAAAAAUUAGGGGAGGAAUCAAAUAACGCGGAAACGAAACAGGAGUAUAAGGAAAAGAUGGAACCCAGGGGAGAAGAGCACUCUCUGGGAGAGGGAGUUGGUGAGGAGGAACUCGAAAGGGAGAAGCAAAGGAUGAUAGAAAGGUUGAAGCAUAAAGCGAGGGAACGUGCUAGGGAAAAGGUGGAAGGGUGUGCGUCACGGACGGGUGUUGAGAUGGAGGCAGGCAGAGAAACCAAGGAAAACGCGGAAAAAUGGGUUAAGGCGGAAGACCAUUCGAAGGAGCGAACAAAAGCAAGAGGCAAGUUCAAGGCACACCAUGAGCACCACUCCUCCGAUGAAAACGCCGACGCAGAGAUGAAUUCGAAUGACGAUGAAAACCAAAUAAGCUAUUCGAAAGAUGAACCAGAAAGCACCUUUGACGACGACAUACAGAACAGAAUUGAAUGCAGCUUGUGUGGGCAUUUACUACUCAACCAAAAUGCAGAUAAUGAACAAAAUGAUUAUAGCAUUGAAAUUCAUAACAAAAAUAUUUUUGAAGCCAAUAUAGUUACAUAUGAACAGAUAGACAAGAACUCCAACUUGUGGUACCAUCCAUCUCUUGUCUUUCGAUUUGAUAAAAAGGAUCCCUACUAUCCCUCAAGGGUUGCCCUACCACUUCUAGCCUCCUGGGUCGUGUUCAACCAACCUCUGUCCAUUUUGGCUGUUGAAAAGUUACUGAACUCUUCUCUAACUUUAGUCGAAAUAAAGGACAAGGGAUGGAGAAACUGGUUCGGAGUAUCCAGUGCAGAAUAUGACAACACCAUAAAUACAAAAACUACGGGGAAGGAUCCCAAAGGAGCCAAUCAAAUUGAAGAUAAGAAGAAGGAAGGAAGAAAAAGUACCACCAAGCCAACACCCAUCGCAGCUCCAACCACCACUACAAGUAGUAACAAUAACAAUAAUAGUAAUGCAAAUAAUAAUGAGGAGGGAGAAAUGGAAGUCCUGAAAGAACACAAUGCAAAGAGAAGCAUACAACAUUCCUUACAUAAUGCAAGUGAAAUCAGCAGGAGAAGCACCAAACAUGGGGAUGAAAAAAUAAAAAUAAGAUAUCGAAAAUCAUUGAGACCGACCUCAGAGCAACUACAAUCAUUAAAUUUAAAGGAAGGAGCAAACACCAUCACCUUUUUAGUUACCUCCUCCUUGCAAGGAACCAAAAGUAUUAAUGGCACCAUAUAUCUAUGGAAGAAAAAUGCAAAAAUUGUUAUUUCAGAUGUCGAUGGAACUAUUACUAGAUCCAAUGUUCUUGGACAUAUAAUGCCUAUCGUUGGCAAGGACUGGUCUCAUGUUGGGGUUUCUCAAUUAUUUAAUAAAAUUAAUAAUAAUGGGUACCACAUUUUGUACCUUACUGCUAGGGCUAUUGGUCAGGCGGAUUCCACAAGGGAGUACCUAUUCAGAUUCAAAAGAAAUGACAAUAAUAAACUCCCCGAUGGACCAUUAAUUUUAAGCCCAGAUAGACUUUUCCCUUCCUUCAAAAGAGAAGUUAUUGAUAAGAAACCUUACAUUUUUAAAAUCGCUGCGUUGAGAGAUAUACGAAAUCUUUUCCCCCUGAAUCACAAUCCCUUUUACGCUGCCUUUGGGAACACCGAGAGUGACCAUCGAGCGUACAUAUCUGUGGGUGUCCCGGAGGCGAAAGUGUUCAUCAUAGACAAUCGAGGCAUCGUGCACCACGUCAACUCUACCUAUGCCAAAACCUACGAAACCAUGAGCGAAAUAACCGAGCACAUGUUUCCUUGCAUCAAAAAUGAUAUAAAAAGAGAAGAUGACGACCAAUACAAUUCUUUUCAGUAUUGGAAGAUCAAUAGCUUGACUUACUACGAGAAGUACAUGAACGUCAGUGACAGCAGUGAGUCCGUGGAGGAACCGUGUCAAGAAACUCACCCCUUUUAA